AUGAGCCGUGACUGCCCCGAGGGCCCCAAGGACACCAAGUCCUGCUACCGCUGCGGCCAGGCUGGCCACAUCAGCCGUGACUGCCCCCAGGGAGGCAACGUCGGCGGUGGUGCCGGCCCCUCCAGCUCCGAGUGCUACAAGUGCGGUGAGGUCGGUCACAUUGCCCGCAACUGCCCCAAGUCUGGUGGCGGCUACGGCGGCGGCUUCGGUGGCGGUGCUGGUGGCUACGGCGGCGGUGCCGGUGGCUACGGCGGUGCCAGCCAGAAGACCUGCUACUCUUGCGGUGGCUACGGCCACAUGUCUCGCGACUGCACCAACGGCUCCAAGUGCUACAACUGCGGCGAGAACGGCCACUUCUCCCGCGAUUGCCCUAAGGAGUCUUCCGGUGGCGAGAAGAUCUGCUACAAGUGCCAGCAGCCCGGCCACGUUCAGUCCCAGUGCCCCAACAACUAA